CACACACACACACACACACACACACACACACACUCAAGUCAGAUCCGAGGUGCUUAAGCAGGCUUUGUGUUCUAUCCUUAGCCUCCCCUCCUCUCCUGUCUCCUGGUUUCUCCCCCCUCCCGUUCCCUCCUCCACCACCUGAUUACUGGCCGCCAUUUUACCAGGGGAGCCCUGGAACCCUGGGCUAUGCUAGCCAUCUCUGCGUGUGACCCAAACGGCACACACACACACAUACAUACACAUACUCUCCUGGUCCGACUCGACCGGUCAGCCCCUGAGAGAAUAGAAACCAACUCCCUCCGGCUGUUUUCUCUCUCUUUGGACCAUGUUUCCUGAAUAUGUGAGAGUGAGUGGGCAGCAUGUAUUCGGUCCCAGUAGCGCUGUGGGACCCCCAGCCCCUGAAUAAACAUGGCUUGCCCCUCCCCUCUGCGCCCCCCUCCACCUCGCGCCACACCCAUCUGACCACGACCACCCCGGCCAAGCGGAUCACCUUCUAUAAAAGCGGUGACAGCCAGUUCGGGGGCGUCAGGAUGGCCAUCCACAAGCGCAGCUUCAAAUGCUUCGACGCCCUGCUGGACGACCUUUCCCAAAAGGUUCCCCUGCCGUUCGGUGUGCGGACUGUGACCACCCCGCGCGGCACCCACAACAUCAAACACCUGGAACAGCUCCAGGACGGAGGCUGCUACCUCUGCUCCGACCGGCGCCAGGCUAAGCCAAUCAACAUGGAGCUAGCGAGCAAACGCCUGGCCAUCUGGCAUCACCACGGCCGGCGUCCGCAGCGGCCCGAGGCCCCAUCCUCCGCUCCGCCCAGCCACACUCCUUAUAGGCAGCGGCGGAUCCUGUUGGUGAAGAACAGCGAUCCAGGGCUGAGGAGGAGCGUGGUGCUGAGCAGGAGGGUGACCAGGAGCCUCAGGGCUUUUCUGGACGAGAUCUCUGAGCUGAUGCAGUUCCACGUCCGCAAGCUCUAUACGGUGGAGGGACGCAAGAUUGACAGCGUGCAGAGCCUGAUGACGUGUCCUGGUGUGUUGGUGUGUGUGGGUCGGGAGCCCUUCAGUCCACUGCUGCUAGAUUUUAUCAGGAAGAGCUCUGAGGAGAGGCUUCCUGGUCUGGGCAGCCGCUCCCCUGGUUUAGGCCCCAGGACCCCAGGGAAUGGAGCCCGGUCGCCAGCUACUCAAGUAGUAAGAUCCCCUCCUCAUGGAGCUCACUCAAGAGGCAGCGAGUAUAGUGAGGGGUAUGACAGCAAGAAAAACGUGAACUUUGGUCUGCAAACUAAGAAGAGCAUCAUCCACCCACGCUCAGACUCCUCAAACCGCUCCACCCGUUUCUCUUUGUCUUCAGAGAAGUCGUACAGCAAUGGGCUCAGCACUUGCUCCCACUCCCAGGCCAGGCCAGCCAUUAUGAACGAUGACAUUGAAAAGCGUGUACUCGUCAACAAAGAUGGCAGCCUCUCGGUGGAGAUGAGGGUGCGUUUCCGGCUCCAAAGCGACGAGACACUGCAGUGGUCCACACAGAUCAAAAAAUCCCCAUCUAUGAGCAAUGACUCCUGCCCGCUGAGCCAGGCCCAGUCCCAGCCACAUUACCUGCAGCAGGGCCAGUCAGAGAGCUGUUCUGACCCUGAUUCCACCUCCUUUGACCCAGAAGGUAUUGAUUACGCCAACAAGCCUCUGCAACAUGCCCUGGAACACCACUGCCCCUGCUGCUGCCAGAGACAGGAGCAGCAUUAUGACCUGUGGGAGAACCCUGCACACAGCCACAAACCACCUCCGGUCCCUCCACCGCAUACAUCCAGACACAACCACACUAUGGUGAGACACACCCACUCCUCCAGCUCUUCAUCCUCCUGUCAUUCCCGGAGGGUGGUGCGCCGGCGAGCGAAGCUUUCCAACGGGGGAGGAGAGCAGGACCAGGUGGUCCAAGAGAUGUGUGUGACAGAGGAGGUUCAGCGCAGAGUGGAGGUGGAGCAGGAUGGAGACACCCACGUGGAGGUGUGCAGGAUCAGCCGCUGCUGCAGCCGCAGUGAAGUCGUGGCCAUGGAAAGCAACCUGCGACCCUGCAGCGGGAAGUCAGUUGAGGAUGACAGGAUUGACAAUAUUCAGGUCCAUGAUGAGUCAGUGAUGUCAGAAGGGGUGGAGCGUCCAUUAUCUGCAGUCAGCAGCUCGUCACAUGUCCUGCAGGCUCUGAAAGAAGAUCAGGAUGAUGAGGUGGAUGAUCCGCCACCUGACUCCUGUCACUGUGGAAUAGCCACCCCACAUUUAGUGGAUCAAGAGAUGGAUCAAGGUGCCAGGUCCUGGUCUAGAGCAAGCCGAGUCUCUCGCAGAUCCAAUAAAAGCAAAACCCCACAUUUGGAGGAAGACGGGGUAGCAGAUGAUGAGGAUGAGGAGGUGGAGCAGAGAUUAGUAAGUGGCUUGUCCAAUCAAACAAGGCUCUCAGUAGGCUCUGGUCAGUCAGAGGUAUCAAAAGUAUGUUCUCACUGUGGGGGCUGCAAAGGUGGGACCACCUCUGAUUCUCGUGCCUCAGCUAGAUCUGACCACAGGGUAAAGGAAUCCAGCAGUAGAGCCUCAUCCCAUCAUUCUCAUCCUGCCACUCCAAAGCCUGCUUCACCUCUGUCAAACCAAAAUAAUGCUAAUGGUGGCAGUGAAGAUGCACGGACAGCCAGUGAUAUAUCUGAUGGCUCAUGUGAUUCAGCUGUGUCAACACGAUCCAACAAGUCCAACCUUACCAAUAAUGAGCGCCUCUCCACAAUGUCUAAUGUCCUGGACGACAGAGCAGCUAGUGCCAUGUCCAGAGCUUCCAGUCAAAUUAAGCACUCUCGCUCUCCCACACCUGCAGAACCUUUGAUAGCAGGAGAGGAGGAGGAGAGAGCACCAAGUGCUACCUCUACUACAAGCCACAAGUCCAGCAGGGCUCAUGUCUGUAAUGGCAGCACUGAUCCCACAGCCAAAAUAGAUGAACAAAGAACCCCUAGCGCCAUGUCAGCCAAAUCCAACUUGUCUGCUAAGUCAAGAAAUUCCCACAAGUCAACCAAAGUGUCAGAGCGGGCAGUUUCUCCCAAGUCAGAAACUGCUGAAGACAUAACUGAUAAUCAAGGGCCUCAGGAGAGAGCUGCUAGUAUUCUGUCAGUCAGAUCAGCAAGAUCUAAUGUCUCAGGUAACUCUAGUAAGUCUCAAAAGACAAACUGCAGCUGUACUGCUCCUAACAUCAAAACAACAGGAGAAGAAAGAGCAGCCAGCUCUAUGUCUGCAAAGUCUGACAACUCAGUAAAGACUAGUGCUUCAGCUAAGUCUGAAAAGUCCCCUAAGUCCAACUGUCAUUCAGGUGAGGGGGUUUCCUCUCCUGCUGACAAUACAAGUGAAGAAGAGGCUGACAGAAACAAAAGAGCGUCCAGUGCCCUUUCUGCUACAUCUAAUGCUUCUGUUCAGUCUGGCAAGGCUUGUGCAUCCAUAGGUUCUGAUGCACCGGGUAAAGACACAGCUGGGACCAAUGAGCAGGGACAUAGAGAGGAAGUCAGACCUAAUAGCAAAUUGUCCGCUAAAUCAGCCAAAUCAGCUAAAUCAAAUAUUUCAGCAAAGUCCAGUACAUCUCACAAGACUACUUGCAGUCGGUGUUCAAGAGCAGUGUCUCCAGGUUCUAAGGCAGCUAAUGUCCCAGUUAGAGACUCAACAGACAGAGAAGAAGACCAAAAUGAGGAAGGAAAGGAGAUGGAGAAGAGAGCAGCAAGCACUAUGUCAACUAAAUCAAAUGGGUCAGCCAAAUCCAAUAAAUCUCACAAGUCCACCAAUGCUUUUGAAAAGGCUCUUUCUCCUGAGUUAGAAGCUGAAGAAGAUGGUGAAGACAGGACUGCCAAAUCCACUAAAUCUAGCAUGUCGGUUAAGUCUGCAAAGUCUGAUGUUCCUACAACUGAGACAAAUGGAGAAGAGCGGGUGGCUAGUGCCAUGUCUGGAAAAUCUAAAUGUUCAGUGAAGUCCAGCAUUUCUCACAAGUCAAACUGUAACAGGAGUCUCAAAGCAAUGUCACCCACUUCUAAUCCACCAGAUCCUGUCACCAUGAAAACAUCAGAGGAGGCUGGUGAGGAUGGAAAAGAAACAACAGCAGAGAGAGCGUCAAGUGCCAUGUCUACUAAAUCAAGAAAAUCUAAUUUGUCAGAUACCCCAUCACAUAAGUGCAGCUGCAAUGGAACAACAGACAUCCCUGUCAUUGAAACCGAAGAUGCAGAUAAAGAGGAACAGGGAGUCGAAGACCGUGCACCCAGCACCAUAUCCUCCAAAACGGCCUCCACUAUAAAAUCCAAGCAUUCAGGCAACAAAGGAGCAGGGAGGUCUAACAGAGCUUUGUCUCCUUCUGCUCAAACUCUCUCACCCAAGAACACACGCUCCCCUUCACCAAGAUCCUCAUCCAAAAAUCCCUCCCUCAGUCCUGAACCUCCUGUGCAACAAUUGCAACCAGGCUCCAGUGACGGGGAGCCAAGAGGGCCCAGUGCCCUCUCUCGUCACUCCACAGCCUCUUCUAAGUCUACCAGGUCAAAGUGUCAGUGUGGAGCUUCUUCAGUGCAGAAGGUGAAGAAAGAAGAAAAUGAGGAGGUAGCAACAAAGGAUGAUGGACUUGAGGAGAAAGUUCUGAAAAGUGAGGAGGAUAAAGAGGCUUCAGGAGUCACUGAGCAACCUCAGAGUUGUGCCUCAUCAGGUUCCGUCUCUCUUGAUUUGCCAGAGGAUCAAGAACAAGAAACACCUGACUCAGACAGUGGCAAGUCCCACAUCUCAUUUCACACUCACCAGUCCACUCAUUCUCAGAGUAAGGGCAGACACAAAACAGCAACUCCCAGUAAUGUCCAAAAAAGCACUUUGUCUCCCAGUCCUCAAUCAGUCAUUAUCCCCACUAUUGAAACACCAAAAGGAGAUGGAGAGAGUGCAGAAUUGAAAGGGCAAACAACUGAAAUAACAGUCAGAGCUUCUUCAGCCAAAAGCAAUUCCUCACUUACAAGCAGUAGGUCUCAUAAGCCUACCUCUAAUGGCAGUGUCAAAGCAGCAGCACGAAAGCCAACCAGUAAGCCUGAGGACCAAGAUACUAAUGCCAGCCCAACCAAAACAGGAAAGGACCUUGGAACAGGAAGUGUGAAGUCUGCUUCCACUACAAGACCCCGCAGCACUGCAGGUAGCCAUCAGGACACCUCUGACAACAGGACAUCAUCUGUAAUGUCAUCACAAAGUGCUAAGGUUCGGAGCAAAUCUGCCAUGAGUAAUAGCUCCAAACCCACUGAUGUUGCAAAAACACUUGCUGGCGAUUCAGCCAAUGAGGAAUUCAAAAGUCCUAGUUGCCUCAGGCCAGAGUCAGCAGUCUCAGCUCACUCAGGCUCAAAAGUUAAAGCCUCAAAGGAGUGUAAGGGAGAGGAAAAAUCAGUCCGCAGCACUUCAAAUUCAGAAGUCAAAAGUCACAAGGUCAAAUCCAGUGCAGCAAGCAACAAUGGCAGUGUCCAAUCUGUCAAAACAUCUAGUUCUCAAAAGAAAGCAAUGCCUAAAGAAUCCUCAAGCCUCUGUCCGAACCCAUGCAUCAAAGUGGAGACCUCUAGUGAGAGCACUCUGUCUCAGUCUCUAUCUGCUGCCGACCUGUUGAGAGAGACCAUGCCUGCUGCACGUCCUCACAGCCGACAGUCAAAGGGCAGCGCUGGCAGCAAGAAGACCCAGAGUGAGAAGAGUGGGAAGUGCCAUAGAACCAGGAACAAGGAGCAAGAGGAGUUGACACCCUCCUGUCUACCCAAUGCAUCCCCUAAUGAGGUGGUCAGCGAUUGGCUGCGGAGCAUCCCGGCUAACAGCUGCAUGCUCACACUUGGGGAUGAAUUGAAUGAAGGAGAGGAAGAGGAGGAGGAGAAGGAGGCAGGAGAGGGACCUGUAGAGGAGGUGCCAGUUGAAGAGGAGAAUCUUGAAGAGGACAAAGCGGAGGAGGAGGAGACAGUAGAGAAAUAUGAGGUGGAAGAGAAGGUGGACGAGCAAGAUGAUGAUGUGGAGGAUGAAGAGAAGUCAGAUGCAGCUCCACCUGGUGCUGUGUGCACUUCCUCUCACCCCGCACUAUUCUCCAGCAGUGACUCUCUGCCCAGGAGCUGCCAUUCAUCAGUUGCAGUGAUGAAAGUUCUUCUGAACCCUACCGUAGGACGAUGUAACAGCCUACCUGAGGUGUCUGCAGUGUAUGGUCGAAGACUGAGCACAUCAGCCAAGGGGCUGCUGGACUGCCUGGCACAGCUCCAGCUCAUUGAGCCUGGAGCGAGCUCUGACUUUGAGCAACAAAAGGACCACAAUGAGCGCUACAAUGACAUCAUGGCCAUUCUUCAGUCACUCUGGCUCACUGAACCCCAGGACAAGGAGAACAAGGAUGCACGUGAAGAACAGAUUACCCCACCGAGGUCCUCCUCAGGGGUGGAUGUGAGAAGUGGUUCCGGUGGCUCAGGGAAGGGCAAUGGGAAUGAAACGCCACCAAAACCAACAGUACAUGAGGGAGCAGCGGGAGAAAUAAAAGAGGGAGAGGAAGGACCUGGAGAGGCAGGAGAUGACAAAAAUGCAACAGAGGAAGAAUCAAAGCCUGAAUUGCCAGAGCCAUCUGCACAGAAAGAAUCCUCAAAGCAUGGAGAGGUCCUCCAGUGUCUGGACAGCCCAAAAGCUACUGACACCCCAUCCUCAUCAGACAAGAGCUCUGCCAACGAGGGCUCCAAAUCCCCCACCGAUAACGAGCGAGAAAUACUUGAGGACUCCAGCUCUGGCACGCCCCCCACUGUCAUGCGAGCCCCACUGUCCAAACGACAGUCCCAAGACCCUGAUCCAGUGUGGGUCCUGCACCUUCUGAAGAAAUUGGAGAAGCAGUUCAUGGAGCAUUACUCCAACGCAAUGGCUGAGUUCAAAGUUCGCUGGGACCUGGAUGACAGCAUCAUUCUGAACACCAUGAUCUCUGAGCUGAAGGACGAGGUGAGUCGGCGCAUCCAGAGCAGCAUCGAGCGCGAGCUGAAGAAGAUCCAGGGUCGAGCCGGGAGAGGAGGGAAGUCACCAAGGCCACCAGAAGGAGGGAACCUCUCCAGAGAGUCCACUAUGACAGAGAGGAGGCGCCGGAUGUUAAAGGUCAUGAAGAACCAAUCGGUGAAGACUGCUGAGUCCCUCAGUGACGAGGAGAUGGCAGGGGAGUUCAGCGACCAGCGCAGUGAGGACGAGUACUGCCCAUGCGAUGCUUGCAUGCGCAAGAAAAUGGCCACCCGGCCUCCCAAAAUGGUCGCAGCGUCAGCUCCAGCACCGGUGAUGAUGGAGUUUGACCUUCUUAAGAUCCUCCAGCUGAAGAAAGCCCCGGAGCCUGCAGCAGCAGCACAACCCAUGGAGGCGAAAAGUGAUAGUGAUGUUGUAGGUGACGAGGGAGGAAAUUUAGAGGUAUUGCAUGAGGAAGAGGAGGAGGAAGAGACAAAAGAGGAUAUCAGACCUGAUGUUGUUUUAGAGGAGACGAUCCCUGAGGAAAAUGAGGAGGAAGGGAAGAGAGAGGAAGAUGAGUCAGGAAAAGAGACUGAGGAGGGAGAAGAGCUAGAAGAGAAGGAAGGGGAAGAGGCCGAGGUCAUGGAGGAAGAGGCGGCUGAGCAGGGGAAUGAGGAAGAAGAGGAAGAUGGAGAGGCUGAAAACGAUGAGGGGGAUGAGGUACAGGAGGUAGGACAAACAAGUGGUGAGGAAGCUGGAGAAGAGGAAGCCGAGGAGGAAUGCACAUGUCAGGCUUCGGGAAAUGAGGGGGAGAGUGAUGAAGUUGAGGAAGGAGAGGGGGGAGAAGGGGAAACAGCGGAAGGAGAGGAGGAUGAGGAGGAGGCUGAAGAUACAAGUGACAACACAGGUGAGGAAGAAACAGCAGCUGAUGGAAAGACAGCAGAGGAGGGGGAGACAGGUGAGGAGGAUGGAGAGAACGCAGGGGAUGAGGGAGAGACAGGGGACAAUGAGGGAGAGACAGGAAGCGAAGAAGAGGAGAGUGAGAAAGACACAGUAAAAGAGGUUAGAGGUGGAGAAACCAUUGAAAAUGGAGAGGAGGAGGACGAGGAGGAGGACGAGGAAAGUAAAGAGGAGGAGGGGGAGGAAGAGUGUGUGGUGUCGGAAUUUCAUCAGGAUGAAGAGGAGACGACAGGGAAGGAGAGCGGAGAUGAUGAGGCAUCUGGGGAGGCGGAGGAUGACAACGCCGUGCACACUACAACAAACGAAGAGGAGUCGACGCUGGUGGAGGAGUUCGCCGAGGGAAACAUCAGCGCCUCAGCGGAGGCAGAGGAUGAAGAUGAUGGGGACGAUGAUGCUGCAGAGGGCACCUCAGACAAAGACACAAAGGGAGGAGAGAGUGAGGAGGCAUCAGAGGAGGGAACAGCCUCACCACAGGGCCAGGAGGGGACUAAAGCUGCCUGUGUGACCGAAGGAGAGGAGGCAGAUGCCGAAGACUCGGACAAUGACAGCAAACGCCCGAGCGACAACAGCGCGGGCGAAUCGGGACGCGAGGGGGACGGGACCACGGGAGACGAGGGCGAGAGAGAGGAUGGAGGAGGAGAAAGCGAGGAGGUUGUGGAAGAUGCUGUGGAGGAGUUUAAGCCUGAGCAGGAGGAGGAGGAGGAGGAGGAGGCGGCGGCAGUGAAUGUUGAGGUGAGGAAAACCAAAGAGGAGGAAAAGCCUCUGCGCCAUCAGUUCACCAGAACCUCCGUGGAGUCCCAGUCGGGAUCCAUGGAGGCCAUCGACACGCUUACUCCCUCACGCGCCGCAACCGCUGUAGAGGAAACUGUGCACAAAGUGGCUCUAUCCACCGGUGAGGGGGCUGCUGGGAAGGGCCAGAGGAGGAGCCGCUCACCGGCCAGAGUCAGACGCCGCAAACCCAAAGAGUGCGACGUGGAACUGGACGACCUGGAGCUCUAACUCACACGGAAACAACUCAUGGUGCUUGAAAAGACCAGCCACCUGCUCCACCAAACACAACACACCUGUUACACUGACACAAAAAGCAUAGAGCUGUGGAAACCAUGAGGACCGCAACUUCCACAAACUCUCUCUCAGUCAGUGACGAUGUAGGUAGACUUACUUAGGCCAGUGAACUGUAAUCCUGACCACGAAAGAGACUGAAACACUAAAAGCACUUUAUCACUGUAGAUCUGGUGUAGGAGGAGUCUUUUCAGAGCGACGUCACAUCAUGUGACCGGGGGGGAAACGUCUGGCAAGGUUAGGAAACCAGAACCUGAAACUUGAAAUUAACCAUUAUAUCACCUAACACGAUUAAAGACAGACUAUGCUGUUUCAAAUGGGAGGGUGCACCACUUUGCUUACUAAUGUUUAAGAUCAGGCCCAGGCAGGAUAAAUUAUUAAUGCAACACUUUUAAAUGCCUGUCUUUAAUUGAAUGUUUUGGUGUCAAAUGUACCAAAAAAAAGACCAUAAAAAUGCAUAAAAAUACUCCAAUAUUUGGGGUUAUGAUGGGGUUAAAGGCUUUUUGUAAAAUAUUUUCUUGUGAGAACUGAGUGGCAUUCAUCAUUCUUUACCACAUCAUAACAAGUUAGGUGGGCUCCCCUUUGAAACUGCAGUCUUUCUUUAAAAACACAGCAUAUUUGUAAUUGAUAUUUGUAUAUUUUUAGAAGCAAAUUGUAUUUAUGUACAUCUAUUUUCAAGGGAUAUAUCUAUUCCUGUACUGUACAUGUGCUUACAAAUAAAGUGUGGUCGAGUAUAUUUUUGAACCACAAAAAAAAAAAAAGAAAUCACAUUUUUGAACACCUGAGCAACAGCUUGGUUCUGUACAGUGAAGCACAGAUUAAUGAAUUAUAUCUUAUAGCCAUAAAUAUACCACAUACCUCCAAGAGACGUUAGUCGACUGUUACCAAUGUAUCAAUACUCGGUUAGUAUCUCAGCUGAUUGGGUAGGAGCUUUUGUCUUUUUCUGUUUAUUUGUCUCAAUAAGUCAGUGCUGGAGUCUCAGGGAUCUGGGCUUGAUAUGACGCUGAAUGCAUGGGAGGGAUGGGCAUGUUGCAUCCUACAGAAGCAUAAUGCAUUCAUUUCAGAAUAAUAAUAAAAAAAAAAAUCUACCCUGUUUUUUUCAUUUAAUGAGAUAAUUAUCUCAAUCUUUUUUAAAUCUGUUUUUCAGAUUUAAUGAGAAGAUUUUGCCAGAAUUCUGAUAAAAGAUUUCUCUUUGAAAUUGCUUUUCUGGUUUAAUGAGAUAAUUAUCUCAUUAAUUCAGAAUUCUGAUAUACUUAUAUCAUUAUUCAGUUGUUUUCCUGAAAUGAACACAUUUUGCUUCCCUGGAUUUCAAAGUGAAAUCGAUUGAGUAUCCCUGAUUAGAUUUAUAAUCUGUAAAGUAAAUGAUACUCAAACUCAGCAAUGUAAUCUCUUACCAUUAUGAACCAUUAUUUGACAAAAAAAAAAAUAUAUCUCAUUUCUUUCUCAGCAACCUUACCUCAUGAUAUUUACUGAUUAUAUGUAAUCAGAUUGCUGUUACCCUUUACUCGCCCCCUGCAGCCCUGGUGGGAAGAUUGCACACUCAGCAGAGCAUUGUCACUGAAAAGGUGAUUAUUGUUCAUGUGUGUGAUGAUAAUAGCAGCCUUGUGUUUCUGAUACAUAAAGACUGAAAUACCGGGAUGCUGUAGUUUGACGCAUACCUUCCCCCGUUCACAGCAAUUUGCUUAGGUGUGUGUUAGACGUGCUGGACUCAGAUGGGGCUUGCAUAAGCGUGUGUCUGUGUGUGAGUGUGUUGGAGUGUGUUACUAAUGCCUUACUGUAUCCAUGGUUAUAUGAGGGGAGAUAGAGCGAGAGGAGGAGGAGGAGGGAGGCAGUUCGGUGUUUGUCUUUAUUUGUACUGUGGUCUGACUGUGGCAAUGGCUCUCAAGCAGAAUGAGAGUCUAUCAAACAAGCUGGGACGGGUGAAACCUAUUUUUCAAAAUGCUGGAGAACUUACUUUUUCAAAUUUUUAACCGGGCUAGGUAAUCGAGCAGGAGACGCUGCUGUCACCAAGCUAAAGUGAAUUGUGCUGUUUAGGUUUCAAGAGGCCUGUUUGUUUGGGUUACCGAGGGGGAGGUGUGCCUAUGCCUAUGCUGCUAUUGGUCUGUUUGGCUGUCCAUCAGUGUAUGACAUCACCAAAUGAAACACUAUGUACCUAGAGCGAACAGUGUAAAGUUUCAAAUGAACUAUGACUGUAAUAAUAUUGAUAAAAUCAUCAAAUAAAAUGUUUGAAUGUA